AUGACAGCGGAGAUGGUGCGUGAGAAGAAAUACCAGUCGCGCGCCUUCCUGCUCCUCCCGCUCGUCUUCAACACCGGAAACGUUGUCGGCUUAGCAGUGGGUGGGCUGCUAGCUGAUCCCGUCGUCAACCUGGCGUGGCUGUUUGGGCCCAAGGGCGUGUGGAAUAUCGGGGGCUACGAGCAGGGCGUCGCCUGGAUGCGCGCGUUCCCUUUUGCGCUCCCGACUAUCUUCAACGCGUGUGUGCUCUUCUGCAGCCUCUGUCUGGCUGUCUUUGGCCUGCGCGAGACGAUGCCCGGGUGGACGGGGCGGGAGGAUGUAGGACUGCGAGCCUGGGCUGCGGUAAAGAGGACUGCCAGACGCAUCUUCCAAGGGCGCGCAGCAGGAUAUUCUGCCCUCGAAACGUCCGACAGCAACACAUCCGAACUCUCCCUCCUCUCCUUACCCAGCAUCACCUCGACCCCUGAAACCAGCACCCGACCACCCCCCAAACUCUCCAUCACCUCGCGCUCCAUUUACACCCGCCGCGUACUGACCACCAUCCUAUCAUUCGCGCUCUUCCCCCUCCACAACAGCGCCUUCAUGAACCUCUUCCCCAUAUUCCUCUCCACGCCUCCCUCCCCCGAUCCCCCUUCCUCCCCCAUCUCCUUCACCGGUGGUCUCGGCCUUCCCGCCUCCCAAAUCGGCCUCUACCUCUCCACCUCCAGCAUCUACGGCAUCCUCAUCCAAAUGCUAAUCUACCCCCGCAUCCACACGCGUCUCCGUACCCUCCGCACCUACCGCCUCGCGCUCUCCCUCUUUCCCCUCCCCUACCUCCUCGUCCCCUACCUCGCCCUCCUGCCCCCCUCCCUCCACAUCCCCUCCCUCAUCCUCCUCCUCCUCCUCCAAGUCUCCGCCCGCACCUUCGCAAUCCCCUCCUCCAUCAUCCUCCUCACCAACGCCGCCGCCGCGCCCCACCACCUCAGCGCCGUCCACGGCGUCGGUAACAUGGCGAACGCGUUGGCUCGCGCUCUGGGCCCGAUCGUCGGCGGCGCCGCUUUCGCUUGGGGUCUUGAACAUCGUCUCGUGGGCUUCGCGUGGUGGGUCUGGGUCGCUGGCAUUAGUAUCGUAGGCCUAGCUUGGAGUUUCGUGUUGAAUGAGGAGGAGGAGGAGGAGGGUGGGUUAGAGAAGAGAAGGUAG